CCUCCUCCUCUGUGCGUGUGGCGGCGGCGAGACGUCGGGGGCGGUGCCCGCGCCGGGGACGGGCGGUGCCGCCGCAGUUGCCCCUGGUAACGGGGGGAGGCAGGAGGAGGUGGAGGGAGUCGGCGGGAGGAUGGGUUUACUCUCAAUCCUGCGUAAACUGAAGAGCGCACCAGACCAGGAGGUGAGAAUUCUUCUCCUGGGCUUGGAUAAUGCUGGCAAAACUACACUCCUGAAGCAGCUUGCAUCUGAAGACAUCAGCCACAUUACACCUACACAGGGCUUUAACAUCAAAAGUGUACAGUCACAAGGUUUUAAACUGAAUGUCUGGGACAUUGGUGGACAGAGGAAAAUCAGGCCAUACUGGAGGAAUUACUUUGAAAAUACUGAUGUACUUAUAUAUGUUAUCGACAGUGCAGACAGAAAACGAUUUGAAGAGACGGGUCAGGAACUAGCUGAAUUACUGGAUGAAGAAAAACUGAGUGGUGUCCCCGUGCUCAUCUUUGCUAACAAGCAGGAUUUGCUCACUGCAGCCCCUGCCUCAGAGAUUGCAGAAGGACUGAACCUACACACAAUCCGUGACAGAGUCUGGCAAAUCCAGUCUUGCUCAGCCCUUACAGCAGAAGGAGUACAGGACGGCAUGAACUGGGUCUGCAAAAAUGUCAACGCUAAGAAGAAAUAAAAUCUAGAUGAAUGGAAACACAGGAGCCACGGGAGCUGAGUUCUGUCCUGAAAACACUCAUUUGCUGCUUUCUGACCAUCUGUGUACAGCUACAGCUGUUUAAAGAGAGGGAACAGCACGGUUUCAAAAAGAAUCCCCAUUCCAGCAGUAGGUUUAACUGAUCUCUGAGGUUCAGUAUCAUUUUUCAAAUAAAGGAAUUACAUUAUUUCCUCUGCAUAAUUGAAAUAGUAUUAAAUGUCUCAAAGCACAUGAUUAGAAAAUGAGAUCUUAUAAAUGAACAAGAGAUUGCAGUGCAGUUUAGACCAUUCCAGUGGGCUUUAGAAAAGAGAGAAGGAAAAAAGCUUAUGCCGAGUUCGUUUAUUCACUGACCUGUUCCCUGGAUUCCCCUAGCACUUUGGAAACCACACCGAACAUUCCCUGGUGUUGGUCAGAUUUUUCCCAUCACCAAUUGAACUGGUGCUACAUUCUUCCUAUGUUGAAGGGGGUGGGGGACUGGAGGGAGCAGCAGAUGAUUAAACCAUCUUGUCAUGCAGGUAGGAGAAUGUGCAUGUAAUCCUCCCCCUUUGGGCAUGGAAAAAGAAAAAAAAAACCUUUAUUGAAAACAAGUCACUACAGAAUUGAACCUCCCCCCACCCCCAGCAACAGAGACAAGCAAUUUCUUAGGGCUCUGGCAGUAAUGACAACUGGAAUGUAAGGAAAGGUGGGAGGUUUAAUUCUAGAAAAAUUAAAAAGUCCUUUAAACCGCUCUUAGAUCGAGGGUACAGACUAGCAUAAACAGGCUUCUCCAGUUCAGUGGAGCACGGAGCAGCCUACUCAGCUUAGCUGGCCUCUCUGUGGUGCUCCUAUAGAAGAGAUUUCUAAAGCUCAAAGAAUUCUGUGUUUAAAUGAUUACAAUAGGCCCCUGGUAUCAGAUUUUAAAAAUAAAUGCCGCUUUACUGUGAACCCAUUCCACAGAGAAAAGCUGCACAGAUCGAUUUUUUAGAUGAGAUCAAUUUUUACAGAGCAGCAACUUUGUGGAGUAGGAUGAGGGUGGAAAAGAUUUGCUGUUAGAACACUGGUUCAGUGAUUCCAGAGGUCACAUCCAGGAAAACCAGGCUCCCAGCCCCACUCUGAAGGACCCGCCUGUGGUUGGUCAUGAGGCUGAUGGAAGGGAAUCUGCUGUGGCUCUGAGUUGUUGGGAGAGUUUCUUUUUUCUUGCCCUAAGAAAUGUCCCCAAUUUAGUAAGGCCUAUCUCAGAGCUACCACACCUCUUUAAUUAGACUGUACUCUGGUGCCUAGGGGCUCAGGCUUUGAGAGAAUGAAUUUGAGAUUCUCUGUCCAGUUUCUGGUGGAAAGUCUGCCUCACAUUAACUUUCCCUGCAGUUGACCCUUAAGUCUCGGCAGGAUAGUGGAAAGUUGAAUGGGCUAAAGAGACCAGCUGGCUUCUCAUCCCCAGAGGUGGCCUGUUCUGACCAAGUCAGAAUCAAGCUGGCAUAGCUGCUGACUUUCGGUACCAGCCCCAUAGUCCUGGGACCAUGGACUCCAUCCAUCUUUCUGGAAAAGAGCUUUGCAUAUGAAACUGAAACAUCAAUUUUUAAAGGGGGUGGGGGUGGGGAUGUUGAUAAAAAUUCUCAUCCUUCACCAACCACAAAAAGAUGCCCUGCUGAGUCAUGCAUAAAUUGAUUAAAAAAUCACUCAUUGCUUGGCUCCAUCUGGGAUGUCAUUUCACCCCUAAUCUGUGGUCCUCCUGGUGAGGGAGAAGAGCUGCCUGCCUGGAAGCAAACUAGGAUCCCCCCUCACCAGGCUACCAGCAGAGCCCCUAAACUACCAGAUGCUAGUGUUUCCAAAGCAGGGCCCUUUCUACUCUAAAAGGCUGAAAGCCCAGAGGGCAAAGGGUGUGAUUGCUGAUUUUAAAAUGUGUGGCUUUGACUGGCUGCAGCCAUGUACUGUUUCUAAUAUAUUUUCACACUUUUAUCACCAGCCUGCAAAGUUGCUUUUAAAUUUUUGCCCUCCCACAUCCUCAGCCACCUUUUGUAACUUUCCUAGGUAGCUCUUUUAAUAAAAUGCAAAGUAAUUACUGGAGUCACCAGCCUCCAUCUUGUGGGGAGGGGCAGGAGGGAAGCAUGAAAUAAUUUUUAAAAGCUCCUUUUUUAAAGCCCCCAUUAUGGAAACAAUGUUUGUUGGGAUUCCACUCCCCCUCCUAAAAGAAGGAUUACAAAUUUUCCUAUUCACAGCAAGGCUAAAGACAGGCACAUUUUUUUUCAAUCCUGGGGUAAGGGUGGAGGGAAUGAAUAAAUUGGCCAAAGGGCCCCACUGGCUUGACUGUGGCAUAUCCCCCAUACAGACCAAUGUCGGGGGAAACUGGAGCACCCUUCUCCUCCACCCCCAGCAGCCAGUUACUUUGAGUUCAUUUGCCCUGGCCUGUAAGCAGUGCACCCCCUCCUCUUUGCUAUCCGAUUGUUGCUAUGGAAACAAGGAUGUCAUUGAUGUGGGCCGAGCAGGGGAACAUGUCAGAGCACAGCUGAAAGUCAGUGAUUACAACGGUUAGAAAUGUUAUGCCAGGGUUAGAGAAGCCAGAAGCUCGGGGCAGCUGCUGGGAGGACAUGUUCCUAGCCUACUCCCUCCUUCUCUGCUACUGUCUUCCCUUGAUUUUGACAAAUUUCUUUAUUCCCUCAAGUGAAAGCUAUUUCUUUGAUACCCAAUCCCCCAUUCCUCAACGGUUGGCUGUUGCUGAUCAGCUCAGCCAAGGUUCCAAGGGGGCAGCUGGGGACCCCCAGGAAAUGCCAUGUCACUAAGGCCAGCACACUUUGCUUUAUUGUCAUUGGAGUCAGCUUUUAUUUUUCUUCUUUCAGAGACAAGCCUUUCUUUCCUUGUAUUUUUAGCUGCUCCAUUCCUUGUGGUUUCAGGGUUCAUUCUAAGCCAUCUAAAGACCCAUUUUUAUAGGCCCUUUGGAAAAUGAUAAUCAAAGGGAGGGACAAGGGGUUUGGUCAUGUGGAAAACUCAAUGUAUAAUUUAGACGUCUGUCAAAAAAAGUAGCAAAUAAAUCUAGUAGAAAUAA